AUGGUAAAUGGAAAAGUGAGGAACAAGAUCUCAAAUCUCAAGCCGAGUUCAAUUGGUUACAAAACAGAGUGGGAACGGCUCAAAAAGGAAUAUGGCCAAACAAAAUUGGUUGUGAAUGCCCAUAUUGAUGAAGUAGUGAAUUUACCGACAGUAAGAAGAUCCUCCUACAAUAAGGUUUCGGAUUUCUACGAAAGUUUAAGCAAAAAUCAUGAUGCUCUGCAAACUCUCGGUGAACAUGAGAAAUUAGAUGGAUUUGUGAUGUUUAAAGUGAAUGGAGAAGUUUUUUGGGCUUACUUGGACACAGGUUCUGGAAAGAACUUCAUUUCCAAGGAAGCAAUCAAGAAACUCAAAGUUACACCAGAACGACAAGAAUCAAAAGAAAUUAUAACUAUUAAUGGAACCAAACGACAGUCUAUGCCUAUUUACAAUAUCGCAAUCGAGUCACUAGAUAGCACAGCCAAAGAGGACAUAGAACUAGCUGGAUCAAUGAUGCAAGAUUUCACAACGGUGAAAAGACCGGACAUGAACAAACUUAAAUGGAAUUAUGAGCAUACAAAGGAUAAGAGGUUUUACAUGAUGACAAAUGGUGAAUAUCCUAUACAUAUGAUCUUUGGCGACAGCACCUUCUGUAGGAUAAAGACAGAGGAGAUUUACAAAGGGAAGGACGGAGAACCCAUUGUCGAGGGUACUACAUUUGGCUGGCUUAUUCAUGGAGGAGAUAUUGCGACAGAUGUAUGUAUGUUCACAAAAGAAUCAAGUGAGUAUGAGAAGUUAUACACAUUGGAUGUACUUGGAGUUGAAGACAGAGGGGAGAAUGACCAACUAGAGGUUUGUAACGAGUUUAAAGAGAACAUUACUCGGACUGAAGAUGGGAGUUAUCAAGUUCAGGUGCCUUGGAUUCCAGGACAAUGUUUAUCGAAGAGCAAUCUAGAGCCAAGUCGAAAACGAUUAGCCAAUGUGUGUAAAAAGAUUGAUCGGGAUCAAAAGUUGAAGGAGGAUUACCAAGAUAUUAUCGAGAAACAAUUAGAGGCAGGCAUAAUAGAAACUGCACCAGAACAACCAACCGGCAAACGUGUAUACUAUAUGCCCCAUAAGCCUGUUGUAAGAGAAGAGGCUACGAGCACUAAAGUUAGAAUGGUCUUCGAUGCAAGUGCAAAGCCAAACCCAACUGCCAACAGCGUGAAUAAUUGCAUGUUUACUGGCCCUGCACUCCAACCAUUACUUUGGGACAUUUUGAUACGAGCACGAAUGGCCCCACAACUAAUUCUCGCAGAUAUACAAAAGGCUUUUCUACAAAUUGGGUUGAGAGAAGAAGAUCGUGACGCGUUUAGAUUUUUAUUCAAUGUUAAUGGCAUCGAAAAACAGUUUCGGUUUACUAGAAUACCUUUUGGAGUAGAAUCAAGUCCAUUUAUGCUAGGAGCGACCAUUCAGCAUCAUUUAGACGUUCAGCCUGCACACCUCAAAGACACAGUACAAGCUUUGAAAGACAAUACAUACGUUGACAAUAUUAUGCAAGUUAGCAGUGAUGUAUCAGAGUUAGAGAAGUUCAAGUUGGAGGCCACAGAUAUCUUAGAGGGUGCUAAACUACCACUGCACAAGUGGGAAUCCAACGUUGAAGCCUUGGAAAGUGAGAAUAUGCCCAAUCCGUCAAAGAUCCUCGGACCUACAUGGGAGAAGGAAGAAGAUGAAUUGUACGUUUCAGUACCAGAUUAUCCAGAAGGAACUAAAGUUACGAAAAAGUCCAUUGUAAGUCACCUCGGAAAGAUUUAUGACUCGUUAGGUAUUGUUUCGCCAACAAUGGCAGAAGGAAAGAGAAUUUAUCGUGAGGCGUGUGACGAGACUAAAAGUUGGGACGCUGAGGUUUCACAACCGUUGGAGCAAGAAUGGUUAAGAUGGACAAAACAGUUGCGAAACGUUAAAAUACCAAGAAGCAUUACGAAGGAUAUUCGGAAGAUAAAGGAUAUUCAUCUUCACAUCUUCGCAGAUGCAAGCGCUAUCGCGUGUUCGUGUGCAACUAUAGCGGUUGUUGAACAUUCUACUGGAACCGUUAAAGGAUUGUUGACAGCUAAGGCGAGAAUUUCCAAGAGAAACACCUCAAUUCCAAGACUAGAGCUGAUUAGUGGUCAAAUGGCCGCAAACAUGGCAAAAAACGUGUGUCAAGCAUUGAAACAACUACCCAUCGUUUCGGUAACUGUUUGGAUGGAUAGCAUCGUGGCAUUGUUCUGGAUACUAAAUCCUUCUAAAUCAUGGAAAACGUUCGUAGCCAAUCGAGUAAGGAAAAUAGUCUCGGUAACGAAGGAAGAAAAUCAGCCGAAGCAACCGGAUCUUAACUGCACUCAAGAAGUAAACAUAGAGAGUAAACCUCUGAAAGAAGUAGUUUUCCAGGUUGCAGAGAGAGACUCAGAUGAAUGGGAUUUGUUGUUAGAAAGAAGUCGGUACUGGAAAGUCUUACGAGUCACUGCCUGGUGUCUAAGAUUUAAGAACAAUUGUUUGGCAAGAGGACAAAAGUUGAAACGAAAGAAUGGUCCACUUCAAACAGAAGAAAUUGUAAACGCAAGGAAUCUUUGGGUAAAAAGGGUUCAAAGUGAAACACCCGAGAUGUUGAAAAGUCCAGGCUGGAAAUUUGUACGAGAUGAGGAAACCAACAUCCUGAAAUGUGAGGGAAGAAUUUCCGGGUAUCGACCGACUCACGAAGAAGCAAUGCAUCUAGGUGUAGCGAGCACAAUGUCUUUAAUACGAGAACAAUGGUGGAUACCACAGCUAAGAGCCAAAGUUAAGAAAGUAAUUCGAAACUGUAACGUCUGUAAAGUUUUCGCGGCGAAACCUUUUACGGCUACAGCAACGUCUCAAUUACCUGAAUUCCGCACAACUCCAGGAAGUCUGUUUGAAGUUACAGGAGUGGACUUCGCGGGUCCACUCACGUACAAAGUGACAAAGAAAGAAGAUGGAAAAUGUUAUGUAAUCAUAUUCACCUGCGCAACAUCAAGGGCGGUGCAUUUAGAACUGGCUAAAACGCAAACAGCAGAAGAGUUUCAAGCGAAAUGGAACUCAUUUAUUACAAGAAAAACGAGACCAAGAAAAAUAAUAUCGGAUAACGCUACGACUUUCGUAGCGACUGCGAAAUGGAUCAAACAAAUCAGAAAAAGUGAGCGUCUGCACAAUUACUUUGCUAAACAGGAUAUCCAUUGGUCAUUUAACUUAGCAAAAUGCCCGUGGUGGGGAGGACUCUACGAACGAUUAAUUAAGGAAAUCAAAACAACCCUUUAUAAGACAUUGGGAAAGACACAUCUGUUAUAUGAUCAACUAGAGACAGUGAUAUUGGAUAUUGAUCGACAUUUAAAUAAUCGUCCGCUCACCUACGUUGAAAGCAGUCAAGAAGAAGAGCAAAUCCUAACUCCUAAUACUGUUCUAUGGGGACAGGAAUCGUAUGCUUUGGGAGAGUUAGAUGAAGUAGAGGAUGAGAAUGAAGAGAAGAAAAAAAUAGAGGACGGUGGAUGA